AUGGAGUCUGGGUUUUUCUGCUUUAUUCUCGCUCCUUGCCUUGCAGUUUAUUCUUCUUACAGAGUCGGCUCACACAAAGGGUGGGAUGAAGUUGUGGUGGUUGAACAAAACACAUCCGCCACCUUGGUCUGUACUGGUGCCAGACUCCGAGGCGACAUAUCCAUUAACUGGAAGGUGAAGUUGGUGGACACGGAUGAAUGGAAACUGAUUCUCUCAGCCAGCGAGAAGGAAAAGUUUUCUGGCGGUGCGUCGAAGCCAUCCGUGCGAUUGACUGACGACAACUUUCAAAACACGGGGGAUUUCUCGCUGGUUGUUUCGCCCGAAGUGGCGGAUGCAGGACUCUACUCGUGCCUCAUCCAGAAACAGAAGAGGAAAGUGAAGGAGAAGAUUUUCCUUUUGACAGUCCUCGCAGUUGGCUUCUUUCCCCCGCUGCCCGUUCGUCAGUACAGCACCCUGCGGCUGUUUGCCAGAGCCAUUCCUGACAUUUCUGUCUCCGAAAUCACCUGGACGGCACCUGGCGGCUUUCCCAUGAAGACAGAGAAGUGGCCAAUCUCAGGCACAGGGACUAAAGUGCCGCAGGUCCAGAACGCCGACGGCGGGACUUACACCUGUACGGUUUAUCUCCAGGGUGACUCCAGUGGCGCGCUGGCUGUGCAUGUGGACGUGAGAGUUGAUGCCAACAAUGUGGCCUCAUUCACCAAUAUUUCACACCGAAAUGAGAUCUCCACUGCCACUCUGGCUCAAAAAUCCUUCCUCCUGGCCUGUCCCAGCAGCCAGGGUGACUAUGUCCGGCUUCACUGGCUUUUCCCAGACACCAAAAAUUACAAGGAGAUUAAGCUGGUCUACCACUACGACCGCUGGAGGGGUUUCACCUCCAAGCACAGCAACAAGCUCCAGCUGGCCGGUCCUCCGUACGACCCACAGGCCGGGAGCUUCUCCUUCCUACUCACGCCUGAUUUGAGUGAUGGAGGCCUCUACAUUUGCGAAGUGACUCUCAAUGACGUCGUUUUCAGCCAGAGGACAAGACUCAGUGUUCUGAAAGUGAAAGCCAGCCGUUAUCCCUCGAAGCUGAAUCUGCUGUGCCUGUACUCAGAGCGCUCCAACGUUCGGGGCGCGGUGUGGAAACAUGACAAUAAGAGUCGGCGGCUGCAGAUGUCGAGCGGCGGCCCUGGCAGCAUCAGCACCGCCCUGCCGCUGCCCAUCACCCCUGUUGUAGCAGGGAAUUACACCUGCACCCUGCAGCUGAAAAACGGCCAGAGCAUCCAGGCAGUUCAAGUUGUCACAGCGCCCCCACCAGAGAGCGUCGCCCCCUCCUUCCUGCACCCUUCCCUCUCUGCUUUAUUACUCCUGGUGCCCCUGGUUUCAGCAGCUGUCGGCGUGUUGCUAUGGAGACAGAAACACGUUUCUGAUCGCGGUAUUGAGCAGUCACUGUCUGUCCAGCCUGGCGAUGCGGAGAACAUCUAUGAGAAUCCAGAGGAUAUCAGACAGGCUCCUCCCCAGGGUUCAGUCUACAUGGAUCUGAAGCCAAGAGGAGACAAUGACGUCUACAAGGAACUGGAGCGAUACGAGCAGUGUCAGGGCUGAUCACCUACCCACAUCUCAUCCCCAUCCAGCUGUCACAUCCUCUCUCUUCACAGCUGCAGCAAAAGGCCUUUUAUAAACAGGAGUAACUACUCAAUGUCAGAGUUGGGGACUUAAAGAAAACUUUUGAGCUUCACAGAAAUGCUAUUUAGGUUUUCCUUUACAAGCUAUCGCUCUUUAGAUGUUAUAGGAACUCACAAACCUCUCCAGAAUGGAUGGCAGUUAAUGUUGCAUUGUAAAAUCUAAGCCAUUGUUUCCAGUGAAAAGGGUACAAAUAAAAAGUACACUUUGUUAUGUUAAUCACAAA